CCUUGGCUCCAACAUCACCACUUUUACGUUUGCAGGACAGCAGCAGCUCCUCCCAACAUAUCGCUACGCCAAAAACCUACGGAGCUGGGGCCUUCCAUCUCGCUUUCAUCACAGAGCCCUCUCUGCGGAUUCCUCAGCACGCGUGCAAUUGCCAAAAACACCGGCUGUAGGGAGACAACAGGACAGGAACAGAGGAAAAGGGAAGAAAGGGAGACGGAAGGCUGGAAUCGGUAUCAGUUUACCAUCGUGACCAAAGGGCCACUGCCCGACCCUGCUGCGCCGUAAAGGAAACGCUUUUACUCCAGCAUAUCCGUCAUCACCAUCAGCGCCUACGCGUUAUUGUUGCAGUCUUCCUCGCCCCCCAUUUUUCUCCGUCUCCCUUCGUUUUGCCCCUACUCAGCCCCUGCCAACCGUUUCGGCGGCGACGUUUCCUCCUGGAAUCUCGGGAUUUUUCUCCAGAAACCUGUUUGAUUACCUUGCCCCAUCACUCCCACCGGCCCGGAUCUCACCCUCACUCAGCCCACCGAAACCACCCCAAUCAUGGUAUCGGAAACUUUGGAGGGAAUGCCCUCCUUCAUGGGCAUGUCCAUGAAACACCUUUCACUCAUUACUGUACGCAUACUUUUUUUUUCUUUUCGAAAAUAGAACCCCAAUCGAGUAACUCUGUGGGGCUGCGGCUGACAAUCAAUCAAUGGCGUUCACAGUUGACUUUCCAAAAUUCAGCUCUCAUCCUCGUACGUACCCAUUUUCCCUUUCCCGUGCUCCCGAAGGGUUGUCUCUCGCAUAUGUGCUCGCGUGACUGACCAUUCGAUCUCAGAUAAUGCAUUACUCCCGGAUCAUGCCAAAGACGUCCGCAAACCGCUAUUUUACCUCGACGGCGGUAUUCCUGAAUGAAGUGUUGAAGCUGUCGGUAUCCAUAUGGGUCGCUUACCUUGAACGGCGCAAGGCCGAUGGGCCGAAAGCCCCCGUUGCAAGGUCCAUAAAGCACCUAUGCGGUGAUGUGUUUCGACCGGAUAAUUGGAAACUGGCUAUUCCGGCGUGUCUGUACACUCUGCAGAACACUCUGCAGUACGUUGCGGUGUCGAACUUGGAUGCUGCGACAUUCCAGGUCACCUACCAGCUCAAGAUCCUGACCACUGCGCUUUUCAGCGUCCUGAUGCUGCAUAGGAACCUGACUGCUAAGAAAUGGGCUUCGUUGAUCAUGUUGACCGUUGGUAUUGCAAUUGUCCAAUUGCCUGCCGCAACAAAGCUUGUUCCGGAUAAUGCCUCUGAGUCGUCCUCGAUGUCUUCAGCAUCCAAGCUACACCGUCGUUCAGCAACGUAUGAGGGUAUCGGUGAGGACACCAUGGAGCCAGAGAUGAAUCGAGCAAUCGGUUUGAUAGCCGUAGUCGUAGCAUGCACAAUCUCCGGUUUGGCUGGUGUGUACUUUGAAAAGGUUCUCAAAGGGUCAAACACCACUCUCUGGGUCCGCAACGUUCAGCUGUCAUUCUACUCCCUCUUUCCGGCAUUCUUCAUCGGCGUUGUAGCAAAGGACGGUAAGGAGAUUUUAGAAAGGGGCUUCUUUGACGGAUACAACAAUGUUGUCUGGUCUGCCAUCGGCUGCCAGGCACUCGGUGGGAUAGUGGUAGCACUGUGCGUAAACUACGCGGAUAACAUUGCAAAGAACUUUGCUACGAGUAUAAGCAUCCUCCUAAGUUUCAUUGCCAGCAUCUACUUCUUUGACUUUGAAGUUACUGUGGGCGUAGGUUGCCCCCUAGCCCUUCGUAUAUAUUCACCAUGUGUUAACUAGAUCAAUAGUUCAUGAUCGGCGCCGGCAUUGUGCUGUUCGCGACGUGGCUCUACGCCGCUCCGGAAGGAUUAAUCCCCAAGUGGAAGCAAGAGUACAUCCCGUUGGAACAGACGGAUUCAAAGGCCGAUCACGACGGCAGGGUUCAUGAAGGGGAAGAGACGGCGGGCAAGAGUUCUAUAGAUGAGCUGAAGAGGUCUGAUUAACCGAUUUAUUGAUUGACUUGGCGCUAGGUUAUGGAGAGGGUGGGGCUGGAGACCCCCAUCCCCCCCCCCCUUUUUUUUUUCAUAAGUUAUGUGAUGUGCAUGUAUAUAAUAUGUCGUAGACAUGUAAAUCGCUAUAUCCUAUCUAGAACGGAGGAGUCGUUGAAGUGCGAAAUAGGGAUACUUAAUUUCGUGAGAGAGAGAGGAGGGUGCGGUAGAGGAGUCGGAAGAAAAGAUAGUUAUGGUUUCUCGGGCCACCACCAUAUCAUGGUGGAGUCUUUUUUUUUAUCAUUAUUCGCCCUUGUUUCUUGCGUUCUAGGUUUUCAAUCACGUAUAAUA